CCCGCUAAGUGCAUCACAGACGAUGACUGUUUGAAAGGUGAAGCUGUUUGUCUGCGAGGUGAAUGCCACUGUACAAACCCACUCGCUCGAGGAGAUGGAAGGCUUAUUUGUGACUCUUAUCGUGAGUAUUUUGUUAGUGGUAUAAAAACCUUUAAACAGGCUUUCCGUCUUAGAGAAAGGGAGUUUAAAAUCGCGAAGAGACGACAGGGAAAAAUAAAAGGGGAAUGAGGGGAGAUUCUUCGCCGCCUUUCCCCCCUCCUUAUCCCUCGGGUAGCCCUCGCUUGAUUCCCUCGGCGAUUCUUCGCUUUUUCCCCCACAACGAACCUGUUCCCAGGCUAUACUGGUAUUCAGUUUAUCACUUCAAUCUUUUCGCUAGUUGAAUUUUCUCUUUCUCUUUUCUUUCUUUCUUUCCACCCCCUUUUUUUCUUGGUGGGUUUGGUGAGGGCUGUAAGUAAUUUCCUCCUCAAAAAUGUAUUCCAAUUUUGAUCCGAGUCUCAGAAAGCGACCCUAAAGAUGAAGUGGCCGGUACCCGCAGAAAUGUAAUCAAGUCAUGGAUCAACAUUACCUGGAUGCGACAGUCUACCAUUGUUCCUAUUCCGAAUGCGAAAAUUAAUUGCAAGCAAGAGAAAAACAGUAUUUUUACAUCUCAAUUUAAGUUACGGCUGUUGGUGAAUAGAAAGACGAAAAUUGCCCUUCCUCAAAACAAAACCUCUGCAAAAAUUUAGUUCCACUCCUGAAUUGUUCUAUCUGGGUGUCUCCUUUCUAAGCCGUAAUAAUUCCUCAAAUAAGUUACUUUCGUCACGAGCACCGUUUUAAUCAUGGCCUGACUUUGAUUUUUUCGUUUGUUUUUCAGUUUUCUACCGAUGCCCCCCUUAUCAUGAAAAGCGCUGUUCAUCUAAUCCUGGUGAAAUAUGGUUGCGUGUGACAUAUACCAGGAUAUUUCAAAGAUAGCUUCAACAAAAGACGUUUACAAACGAAGGACAUUUUGGAAGGGCAGGUGUACUCGGAUGUUUAAAAGCAGCAGGUAAUGUGCGCGCGUAUUCUCCACGCGCGCAUUUCACAUAAUGCACCUUGUUCCCAACACCCCACCCCCUCCCCCCCCCUUCCCCUAAAAAAAUGCAUAAGUAUUGCCUUCAAUUUCUCUUGACACGUCUGUAACAUGAAUAUGCAGGAGAAAUUAGGCAAAAAUGUUAUGAAAAAUUUGGGGAGGACAGAUAAGGCGCAUUAUGUGAAUUGCCCAUCUUUAGGCCAAAUUGACCUCCGCACGGCCAAGAAACGUUGUUCGGGACCUUUACAUCUGAAGACGGCGACGGCGGCAAAAAACGUCUCUUAAAUAGUGAAUUCGCGUUCUUUCAAUCUCCAUCGCGAUUAUUCCAACGGAUUAACUCAUUUUGUAAAAACUGUGCCUGAGUAGAAUUCUUAGGAGCAAUAUCUAAUUAAGUUCAGAAAGAGAAAGAAUAUUUCGUCGUUCCUUGUUUAUGUUAUCCCUAAAACUAGAAAUUUAGACAUUUCCAAGUCGUAUAGCCGUGCAGGGACGGCAAUAAGAAAUGAACAAACAAGCGUGAUGCAUCUGCAAAGUUUAAGCGUUGUUUUGUUAAUUUAAACCUAUAGCAUUUUUUUUACAUUUUCGUUGUCGUCACCGGAUAUUACUCGGUCCCUAUUUUCAAGGCCGGGCCCCCAUAUUAUCUUAGGGAGUGGAUGGGCGAGACCCCCACCUGCCAAUUAAAGAGAUAUAAAUCUACCCACACCACUCUACUUUGUCUCAAUACGUUUUAUGAUUUAUUAUUAACAGAGGAUCCUGAUGGCAAGAGACCGUGUUUAGGUGAUCAGUAUUGUCCGCCAUUAGCCUUUUGUAACUCUAAAACCAAAAGAUGCCAGUGCAGGCACGGUCUCGUAGGAAAUGGCGUCACAUGCCGACCAGGUGAGAAUACAGUUGCUGUUCACUUUUUAUUCAUUUGAAUUUAUGAAGGAAUUAGCGAAGUCUUGCCCUCAAACGGUUCUGUUCUCAGGCAGUGGAUUUCCCUUGACAGGCCAUUUCCGAGUUCCAAAAAAUCUCACUUUUAAAACGAGGCUAAGUGCGACAUAAAUAAAAAUCAUUUUCAUAUCAAUGGCUUCGCACUUAGCCUCUCUUUCAAAGUGAGAUUUUUUGGAACUCGGAAAUGGCCUACUCAGUUGGUAGUGCAUAUUAGCGCUAACACAGAGGUUAUGGGUUCGAAUCCUGUUGAAGCCCUAAAAUUGUUUGGGCUUAAGUUGCACUUUCUCAAAUUACAAUUACCACAUGACUGUGAUGGUCAUGUCUACAUUUAGAUUUUUCCCUUGCCUCGUCCUUGCGAUUUUUAGCCCUGUUCCUUCAAACGGAGAACCUGUUCACAGGAUACCCAUCCUAGGUGGAGAAGCAUUGUCUCUGGGGACUUUCCUACAGAAACAAUGUUAGGCUAUGGUGAGCCUGUGGGCCUGUGUUAGGCUGAAUCUUCUUUUUUUGCCCAUUCAUAGCGCCUGGGAGGACCGGAUGCAAAAGCAACAGUGAUUGUAAGGUAUGGGCUGAAUGCACAGAUGGAACUUGUCACUGUCGGGCUGAGCUACAAGGUGAUGGAAAUACCUGCAACAAAGGUGGGAAGGUGCAUUCCAUGGUGCUGUGAGUACUUAGUUUAACUAUAGCUUUUUUAUGGGAUUAUAGCAGCUUUACAUAGUCGCCCGUACACAAGAAAACUAGUUCGCAUGCAUCACUUGUAUCCGUCCAAACGUUAGCUGAGCACAUGCACAAGUCCAUUGAACUGAUACAUACGCACAUGAACUUUAACACUUAGCAUUUACCAGUAGCUAUAAAUGUCAGCAAAUUAUGUCUGAGAAAAGGAGAAUAAAUAAACAGGAUACAGUAAAGAGAAAAGAGUCAGCGCCAACAACGAAGUAUAACUUGAGUCACGCCAGUAAGCAGUGAAAGAAAUCCCACUAGUCCUUAGUCACAAAAAGAGGAUCAGGUGAUAAAUAGACUGUAUUAUUUGCAGCAAAUUUAAGCUAUCGAAAAUGAUGGUUGAAAAGUUUCGUUAGAUGGCUGUGGUGCUCUAAUAGCGAUUUGCAGGCUCCGUUCAAUUCCGGCUGCAAUGAAAUCAAGACGACAUGUGAAGCAUUUUGGACUAUGUCGUAUCAUUACUAACCUGCGCCCCUUGUUUUGUUCCUGCAGCACCGCGAAAGAAGUGCAAAGCAAAGCAAGACUGCCAUCCUCAUGCCAGUUGCAUGAAUGGACACUGUGUCUGUUCCGAUAUGGCGGGAAAUGGAGAGUACUGUAGAAAACGUAAUGUCUAUUUAAGUAGCAAUUAAUAAAUAAUAAUUUUUUUAUAGCAUAACACGUACACUGCACUGUAAUAUCGUACGAUGUAAGUAUUGUCUAUUUGGCGAGUUAAUUAGGGAUUUUGAAAUAGCCGAAGGAUAGGUGACAACAUGCCCUGUCCCUGAUGGUCUUGUUCAAGUUGCCUUCUGUUUAAGGUAUAGAAUGUUGUAGACCACAGAGUUGGUGGCAAACUUGUUCUUGGAGGCUUCGAUCCGUUUGGUCAGCGCACUAAGUAUCCCCGAGAGAAGCCAAAUAAGGCUAUGGCUUUGAUUGGCAGCUUGUUCUCUUGACGGCAGCCAGCAGGUUCUCCUUUGCAGCGUAGUGAGACUGAAAAUACACUCGCAGUUGGCACCUAACUCUAAAUAUGCCUAUCUGUACAACCAAGUAGAAUUUGCGCUCAUUACUAAUCUACUUGUAAAAUUUUUCUUGUCCCAUUACAACCAGAAUGGCUGCCUUGCGUUAAAAAUUGGUGCGGUUUAAAUGAUCAUUGUGCGAUGGAUCCCAUUCACCCACAGCAUCACUGGUGUUUAUGUAGAAUCGGAACUGAUGAACACGGAAAUUGCGUAGGUGAGCAAUGUCUAAUUUACCCUGGGUACCAGAGGUUUUUUCUCGCGUGCGUCGGGGAGCUUCGGGCAGACACGUGUUCGGCCGAAGGCCGAAGACACGAGCAGCGACCAAAAGCGGAAACCGCGCAUGAAAAGCCUCUGGCACCCAGGGUAUGUCUAAUUUAUUCAAUAUUUCACUUGUUUAAUAGUGGUCAAUGGCUUUGUUGUUGUUGUUUUUUUUUUGCGAAAAUAGGGGGCUUAAACCUCCUCUCAUCCCUUUUUCUAAGAAUUUAGUAAACUGUCUUAUGAUCAAUUUCUAGAUAUAUAAAUUUCAAGAAACUAAGCCACUGCCAAAAAGCCUGGCUAUACUCUUGGCGUUUAUUCUCGAUAUAUGCCUAGUAAUUGCUUGAUCUCCUCAGAUUCAAGGGAUUGCGACUAAAAGAAAAGGCUUUUGGACAGUCUGAGGUUAUGCGUGUGACCAUGGGUGUUUAUGACUUGGUUGGUGCUCCACUGUGUCGGAUUGCACUAUAUUGUUUUAGGGAAGCUGUAUAUUGCGAGACUACGAACACAAGAGACUGGGUCAAACUUUACGUCCGAAACAGUCGCACAAUGCAAUUGGACAAAAACACUGACACACUUUUACCCGAAACUUAAACAUUUUGCAUUGGUAAACUAAAUUUUCCGCCCUGUUUCACAGAAUGUUUCACAGACGGUCACUGUGGAAGCAUUAAUGGAAGGUGUAUCAGAAAUAAAUGCCACUGCCAAGAUGAACUCAUUUUGAGUCAUAGUCGCUGUAUUCAGAAUAGUAAGUCAAAAUGUCAACCUGCUCACUCUGCCUUACAUUCAGUAAUUUACGCAUUUUUGUGUGUGUUUAUGUAUAGCUUAAAACAUUUACCUCUACAUCAGAUUGCCACUGUGUCAUCUAUCGCGGAUUAACGUAAACAAAGUUGUUUCAUGAUACAUUCGCCACUUUAGAAACGAGAAAGAAACUAAGCGCCGUUAACUGUCGCAAAGACACCUUGGGCUGUUAUUAAUGAUAGGGAAAAAUUGGCCAAUAGCUGACCGGCGUGUCCCGACUAACUAUCCCAGAAACAAUUGCGGGACACAUUUUUAGUUUCGGCACCAGUCCCCUUAUCGUUUCUUAAGAGGUGAUGACGUAAAUUCUCAGAAACUCACAAGUUUCCAUCAAAUCACUGAAUCAUGAAACGACUCACUGCUUUCAGCAGUUGCUGCACUCAGUUACGAUGUGAUCAUUAUAAAAAUGUCAGAAGACAAGAUUAGUUUGCUUGGAUCUUGGUCAUAAAUCGUUUCAUGCAAGUGAUCAGCUCGCAUAGCUUGUUGGCGGUCUUCUGAUGUAGUCGUCUUCAGCCGGAAAUUAUUUCAUAAAAAAGCCGGCAAAAAUGAGUCAGGUACUUGUACAAACAAAGGCUAAACGAUAAUAACCCUUGUAUAGCUUAAUCAUUUGCAACUAUUUUUUAAACCUGAUCAGGAGCCGUGGCUCUGAUUCUUAUAGAUCUUGCAGGAAAACGCUUUAUGGCGCAAUGUUUUGCAUUAGGCCUUGUGCAAAUUACAGGACGUGGGCGCUAUCCUUUUUUUCUGAGCCACGGUGCUUCCUGUUGUCCUCGAAUUUUUAUUUUUAAAUAAUCUCUUGCAGAACACCGUCCGGUGUGUAAGAAAGACAAUCAUUGUCACCCGAAAGCUAAAUGCGAAGACGGGAGGUGUAUGUGCCAGGGAAGAACCGUGGGCAAUGGGGAAUACUGUCGUGGUAUGUUACUCUACCAAUAUCAACACUGAAGCACACCUACCAACUCCGCGGUUUAACUCCGCGGUAUGGCGAGUAUGUUACGCAUGCGCACAACCAUAAUUACAGACGUAACCCGGGAAUUUUUCGUAUUCGGCCGUAUUAUUAACUUAAAGAGUGUGUGAAUGGCAAAGCAGUCAAAGGAUAGUUUCACGAAGUAUACCAUUUAGACUUCAUUUGAAAAAGCUAUAUUAUUUUGAAAUCGAGUAUUUACGAAUUUUUUUCUCAAUUUUGUAUUUUAGAUCGUUUCCUGACAGGCUUCUUGACCAACCCGUACACAUUCUUCAAACCACUGAAACCACUUACGCAGCCUCUUGGUGAUUUAGGUGACCCUUUACCAGUAACGUUCACAAUGUUUCCUAUAAUGGAUCUUUUUCCCAGGGGAUGUGUAGGUAGGGCCCAGUCCCUCUUCCAUCUUUCUCAUCCUCUGGUAAUCUCUUCCCCAGAUCUUACUUACAAAACCUAAAGUGCGACAGAUACCGGUGUGAUCUUUACACGGGAUAACGAUAUAUCUUAAUUAACACUGUGGAGGGUUGAACCAAGGAGUCAUUUCACAAGUGUAAGUAGGUUGAGUACGAUCGCCCGGGUAAACGGUGACUCACGUUUCAUCGGAGCGGUAGUCAUCUUUAGAGUCAAAGUGAGUUGUAUCAAACGUCAGUUAAUGGUAUUAAACUCUUGUUAUUGAACUGAUUGCUCAAUUAAGUCGCGAUUUCAUUGGUCCUCUGUCAGUUAAGCCGUGAUGUCAUUGGCUAUGAAGACUCGUAAGCUCAUUGGUACGUUUCGAUCCGUCUAUUGUCUUAGUUAAACAGUCGUUCACUGUUGGUCAAAUUGUCGGUUGUCCAGUCGUUCUCUUGUAGUUAGUUUUGCUUGAUUCCGUCAAUAAGUCGUUUGUACGGUGCCGGUAACUGUUGACUACGAUUCAUUGGCGUAGUUGAUUGCCGCUUUUCGUCCUCUUUUUUCUUUAGAAUGUCAAAAAAGCGAAGAAUGUGCUAGCAAUGCAUAUUGUGACUGGUUUGCUUGCAAGUGCAAAGAUGAGCUUAUAAAGAACGGAAAACAGUGCCUGCCAGGUAAGAUAUAGAAUUAACUUUAUUCUUUAAUUUACUUCUUAGGUGUUUCUUUCUCAAAAACAUGUCGCUUUGUGUUGACCGAAGCACGGCUAAACUUGAACAUAUGAAUAUAUUUUUUAUUUUUUCCACGGGCUCUUAAACGACAGUGGGUUAGUUCGUAAUGCCUCAUGCACUUCAGAAACUCAAGGGAGAAAAGGUACAAGCUUUCGGUGCAAUGAUUUCUGGGAUCAUUUGGGUGGAUAAGCGUUACUUAUGAUUGGUCGAUGGUAUUCAAGGCAAACAUCAACCAAUCAUAAGCAACGCUUGUCCACCCAAACGAUCCCAGAAAUCCUUGCGGCAAAGGCCUCUACCCAUUCUCCUUAAAGAGCAAGUGGAGAAUACUCAUGCGCGGAUCUAGGAUAAAUACUGACCGAUUUCCUAAAAAAGCGUCGAGGACGCAAGCUUCUAGAGAGGUCCAGGGGAUGCGCUCCAGUGAAAUGUUUUUGAUUUCAACUUCCUUAAGUCACCGUUCCUGGGUUUUUGAGUCAUUCAGACAGAAUAUUGGCCAGAUGUUAAUUUGAAUUUUUUUUUCAUGAAAAAUAUACUUAUUUAUGAAAAGUCUGACCGAUGCUGAUUAAUGCAUGCACGAGUUUAAGACGAAAAGUUUCCAAUUUUAUUCAAAUCAAUCUCUUUAAAUCUUCGAAAUAUCUACCAAUUACGUACUUACUUCAACUUGGUACAGAAAAAUCAGACAUAACAAUAACAAUAACUGGGAGAAUCAUUUGUCUUGACGCAGCCCCUCUGCAAAAAUGUAAACAGGCCAGUGAAUGCCAUCCUAAAGCCAAGUGUUUCUUUGGAAAUUGCAUCUGCCAAGGAAGUACAACAGGCAAUGGCAAAUUCUGCAGAGGUGAGUAAAGCCUAAUUAUUGCUAGUGAAGCGAGCCGCGAAUUAACCGAAAGAACGCGCGAGCGAGCGGCCCUCCCCCGUUGGCAAUCGCGUCUCCUUUCGCGCGCGACUCUCGCGACUCCCCCAAAUGGACAGCUUACUCGCAGGCUAGGUAUCCUUAUAUUUGUACGGAUCGUUUCGACAGUUACAGUCAUUUCAUAUAAACGUUUGACACAUUCGAAACGGGGGAUUUUUUUGUUCAAGGGGGGCAAGGGUGAGGUCGAUUAGUUUUGUGGCAAAUGUGCGCAAUAUACACAUCCGCCACUAUGCAAUAGCUGUGCAAGGCUAUAUAGUGCAAUAUAUGACGUUAUCCGUCCGUAUAACUUUCUCUUUUUCUUGACAGAUGCUGUGCCAUGUUCUAACGCUACUCUGUUAUUAUGUGGAGGAAAAGCUUCAUGUCUGGCCGAUCCACUUCUGCCUCAAAUUCCUAUUUGCAGGUGCCAUAAGGGCUUUAGACUGUCUAAGAAUAAAACGUGUGAAGGUAGGAUACUGAAUAAAUGAAACCUGUUGGCUUUCUGUUCUUCUCGGAUAAGGACGAUAAACCUUAGGCCCCGUCGCACAACCCUUGCACAUACAAUAAAUUCUGAGGGACGUCAUAGAACCGACACACUGUUCGUAAAGAGUAGGAGACGUGUCCCUGGUGUACAAUGGAGUGGUCUAUCUCAAAUUUACGCUCAUAUUAAGGGAGACAUAAUUCAUUACUACUGUUGGUUACUUGUAAACUUCAGCACGAGCAAUCUGGCAAAAGUCCUCCAACCAAUGUUGUAAAUUAUCCCUGAAAACUCUCCUGAGGUCAAUGGAUAACAACAUAUUUACUAUUUCUAAUUACUAACCAAGCUCCCGGGUCCCCGCCACAGCGAUUCUAAUGACAGAUUAUCUCACUUGUUGGAUCAUCACGUUGUUGUCAGACUCAUUCCACCGUCUGUUCAUCAUCCUAUGACGCUUAACCGCACCGACAUUUCAUCAUUUGGGCCUUUUGCUAGUAAAGAAGUGUACGACUCAAUUUUUCCAUAAUUCACCCAGGGCUGAAUAUGGAUGAAACGACAUGUGUUUUUACGUCGCAGAUAUCGAUGAGUGCAAAACUUUGAAGGCAAGAUGUGGAAAUCGUUGUCGAAAUACAGUUGGUUCAUACUAUUGCGACCAGUGUCCUCGGGGAUUCACCGAGGGACGAGAUGGAGUAUGUAUAGGUCAGUUGCGGCCUUAUGAGCUCCCUGAAUAUCAUUUCACAAUAUAGAAAAAAUUUCCCAUAAUUUUCCCAUAAUUUUCUCAGGCCCGCGGCCUCCUCACUUCACCCCCGCUGGAUUGAAGAAGAGAGGCACUGGGGAUGAAAAAGAAAGUUUAUGACAACAUUUUAAAAACUGCAUCAUGACCAAACUGACUGGGCACGAGUUGAUGGCUGCUACCCAAAAUAAACAUUGCCAAAUGCCAAUGUUUUUUCUGCGCAAAUUUUCGCCCUACCUCCAAAAUGAGCGGCGAAUUCAUAGAGCAGAGCGUCGUUUAAAUAUCUUUUUAUGAUAUGAACUGCUCUCUAUUCACUCCAACUAUUUUUCAACCUGUCAGCCUCAGACGAAUGUGAUUGCGAAGAGAAUGAAGAGUGUUAUGAAGGUGACUGCUACUGUGCUGAGGCCUAUGACAGAGAUGAGUUUGGAAAAUGUGUCUCUAUGGAUAACGGUGAGAGCUUCCGUUAACGUCUGAUCAGGCGUGAAAGCUUUGAUUUUUGUGCCCCUUGGGCUAUCUUCUCGUUCACAGAAGAGACCUUUAGUUUCGAGAACGAGGACGACUAUGUGAACGACUACGAGGAGGAGGGAGGUACAGGAGGGUUAAUCUCCCUCCUCCCUACUUUUUCACCCCGAUUUCUCCCUCCUCCUUACUUUUUCAGGCCAUUUCUCCCUCCUCCCUAUUGUGUACCUCCCCCCUCUACGAGGACGAUUACGAGAACAGAGAUUUAACUUAAGCGUUUUUCGCGUAUUCUCACCAAAUAGACACCCCGGAAAGCUUGUACUUUUUUUCACCAGAAAAGUAAGUACGGAUAUUUUUAAUUUAUUGAAGGAGGUAGAGCCCUCUCUUGACUGAAAAAUGAUAAUACCCAUGACAACCACGGCUAUCAUGUUUUCCUCCAAAAUAUAUAACCCUCAGUGGUUUAGAUUCGCGCACUACUAGGUGUUGAGAAAAUAUCAUUCUUGUAGUACUCGUCUUAGAAAAACAUGUCAAUAGUGAGUUGUUUGAAGGCCGAUUACCACUAACCCAGGGUUAAAUUUAAUAUGGGUUUCCUUUUUUUUUCGUUCAACAGCACUUUCUCGAAAAAUUUUCUUAAUUCUUUUUUCAACAUUCAGUCAUUAAAUUGAAGACAAAAAAAACUGAAUUUGCUUUUUAAGCUUUCAUUUCUUCUGAAACCAAAUUUUGCACUAACCCUGUGUUAUCCCUCUUAACCUAGCUCAGUGAACACUCCGUCCCAGGAGCUUACAUUAUCAGUUCUAAUUGUAUUUACUUUGUUACAGGAUUGCUUCUGAGUGGCGCACAGUCGAUCCAGGUUUCUUUCUUUCACGAAUUCUUGAUCCUGUUUGUAUUGUCCGCAAAUCUUGCUAUGUUGGUUGAAUUCCUUUAG